AUGAUCACAAGAGAUGGCAAGAUCGCUCAGCAACCGCUGCCAUCUUUCGAGACGCCAGGCCUGAGCAAGAUCGACAAUUGGAAGAUCAAGCUACUCAAGGAAGGAUUUGAGCGAACGGGAGGUAGCACGACUUUGGGAGAAGACGCAUAUUCGAUCGCUAAAUUGAGAAAUUCGACUGGCCUUUGCGUCACCGUAGCGGAUGGAGUUGGAGGCUGGAAUGACAGUGGAGUCGACCCUUCGGUCUUCUCGACUGCCCUUUGCUACUACGCGCAGCAAUCUGCUCGUAACCGCACCGCUCAAUCGCAGCCAGAGGGUGACGUCCUGCAAGCAGAGCCGCGUCGUAUUCUCGAAGAUGCCUACCUCGCCGUCCUGACCGAGCCAACAGUACAAGCGGGCAGCUCGACCGCAUUGAAUGCUUGUCUUGCCGCUUCGACUGGUAUCCUGGAUUGCGCCAAUCUGGGCGAUUCGGGCUUUGCCAUUCUGCGAGAUUCCAAGGCUAUCCACGUUCAGCCUUCGCAGACAAAGUACUUCAACUGUCCAUGGCAGCUGGCAAAGAUCCCAAUAGACAUGGGCGACAAUGUGUCUGAUGUGCCGCAAGACGCUCAGCUCUUCUCGACUCAACUUAGACAUGACGAUCUGGUCGUUCUGUACACGGAUGGCUUCAGCGAUAACGUGUUCGUCAGGGAGCUAGAAGCGCUCGUGGCUGCAGUGUCGAAAGCAUGCAAAGGCCAAAUGAGUGAGGAGGACUUUGUGCAGACCUUGGCGAAUCAGCUAGUCCGAUAUGCCCGCGCUUGUAGCUUCUCGCAGACGAAAGAGUCGCCAUUCGAGCUCGAAGCACGCAGACACGGUAACGCGGAUCUGACGGGCGGCAAGAUCGACGAUAUCACAGUCGUGGCACUCUUGGCGGGCGAGAUGUAA